AUGCACUCCAAGCUCCUGCUCUCGGCCCUCGCCGCCGCCGGGCCUGCGGCCGUCUCCGCCGAGACCGUCCUGGGCGUCUACGUCUUCCACCGCCACGGCGACCGCACCUCCAAGUCGUACCCGCCCACCAGCCUCACGGCCCUCGGCGCCGACGAGGUCUACUCCUCGGGCACCUUUUACCGCAGCCGCUACGUGACCAAGGACGCCGACGACAAGAUCUCGACCCUCUCCGACGGCGCCGCCGUCCUCUCCCAGCUCAGCGUCACCUCCCCCGUCGACGGCGUCCUGCACAACUCGGCCACCACCUUCCUCCAGGGCCUCUACCCGCCCCGCGGCGACGCUGGUAACGAGACCCUCGCCAACGGCAAGUCGGUCCAGGCCCCGCUCGGCGGCUACCAGUACAUCCCCGUCGACGCCAUCUCCGACGCCGCCACCAUUGAAAAGGCAGAGAGCAAUGCCUGGCUCCAGGGCAACACCGGCUGCACCAAUGCCGAGGUCAGCUCCAAGAACUACUUCAACUCCGCCGACUUCAGCAAGACCUCGGCCGAGUCCAAGGACUUUUACCAGAGCCUGCUGCCCGUCAUCAACUCGACCUUUUCCUCCGGCGACGCCACUUUCAAGAAUGCUUACUCCAUCUUUGACUAUGUCAACGUCGCCUCCAUUCACAACCAGACCAUUCCCUCGGGCGACCUCGUCAAACCUGCCAUGCCCCGUCUGCUCACUCUCGCCUCCAUCCACGAGUGGAAUCUGGCCUACAACAGCUCCGAGCCCGUCCGCGCCAUUGCCGGCUCCGUCCUCGCCGGCCAGAUCCUCGGCGCCCUCGGCGCCCUCGCCACGGGCACCAAGGGUGCGCCCACCUUCAAUGCUCAGUUUGGUGCCUAUGGUACCUUCAUGGCCUUCUUCGGCCUCGCCCAGAUGCCCGCCGCCAGCUCCGAUUUUACCGGUAUCUGCGACUACGCCUCCUCCAUGGCCUUUGAGCUCGUCACAAACGCCACCGCCGGCUCCGACGGCAAGUACAACGCCGACGACCUCUCCGUCCGCUUCUUCUUCGCCAACGGCACUGCCACCAGCGACUCCUUCAAGCAGUGGCCCCUCUUCGCCCAGAAGGAGACCACCCUCUCCUGGUCCGCCUUCAAGGACGGCAUGAACCAGUUUGCCAUCCAGGACAAUGCCCACUGGUGCAGCACCUGCGGCAGCACCUCGGGCAAGUGUGCCUCCAAUGGCACCUCGACCGAUGGCGGCUCCGCUUCCACCAACUCCUCCUCCGGCUCAGGCGGCGUCUCCCGCCCCGUCGCCGGUGUCAUCGGUGCUCUCGUCACCCUCGCCGUUAUUCUCGGCGUUCAGGCUGCCAUCAUGCUCUUUGGUGGCUUCCGCCUCAUGAAGAAGUCUGCUCUCCGCCGCCAGGGCAACGCCGAGGCUGGCAUCAAGGCUUAG